UCUUCUCCUCCACCCAUUACUAAAUCACAACAAUAUUCAGGAACCAUGAUCAUGGACUCUCACUGGAGACAUGUGGUUGAUGUAUCAUCGUUUUUACUUUUUGAGGCUACCGGAGAUUCUGAAGAUUUCGGCCAUGACAUCUCAGAUUUCGACGAUGCCGCCGACUACGACGCCGAGUCAUGUUGCAGUGGUCCAUGUGGUAGCAUGGAUGAAGACAACCAUGACAGUAAUGACAACUAUUAUGGUUUUGAUGAUCAAGAAUACUACACCAACCAGGAGAGCGAGUGGUCGUCGGCGGCGGAGGAGGAGGAAGAAGUGAUGAAGGAGUAUAAGCAAGAACAGUCAGGGGCAACUGUUGAUGCCAAUGGAAAUGGGAAGCUACUGGUGCUGAAUGAGAUGGAAAAGAACAAGCUCUUCUGGGAGACUUGUUUGGCUAGCUAAUAGUGGGACUAGUGGUAAGCAUUUAAGUGCCACCCAUGAGCAUUAUCUUCAUCAUGGGCUCCUUAGGUAUAGAGUCUCUUUUUUUUUUUUGGAUUGAACCUUAGGUAUAGAGUCUCUCAUGUCUUUGAGGUGUAUGUUUCUGUGAGGGUUGUGUGUGUGUGUGUGUGUGUGUGAGAGAGAGAGAG